GCCCCCAGCAGAUCACCCAAGGUAGAUUGACUCUGUUCCUCUUGUAAAUAAUAUUAAAGAUGAAAUGCUAGCGGAAUUAAAGCUGCUGGGCAUAUUUUUAGAAUUAGCUUUCCUUCCAGGGUCUGAUGUCUUAAAGAAGAGAGAUGCCGCGAUUGGUUUUCUCUGGGGGCCCAUCGUUGACAGCACGAAGACCAGGACAGCGGUAUAUUAUUAUAUUCGUGUAAACGUUUGAGUCGCGAUCCCGAAUGAGAUGCGUUGAUUGACUGUGAAGACACAGAUAGUUAAGGACUUGAUGGACUACAGAGUUGACCGGUUGAUGCAGAGGCAUUAAACGACAAGAACAUGCAGAAAAGUGAACACCUCAAAGGAAUAUCGCCAUGAUUCGUUUAUUUUUAUGUUACUAUGAUGCAUGGGCCCUUUCUAAUGUGCAGAAGCUCAUGUUUUAAUCUGGUGUCAUAAUGAGUUCGGCCUUAUGGAGUCAAGACAAGAUGAACACAGCCUUCCGGGAGGAUCCUCGCUACUACAUACUGGUGCAGGAAUGCGUGGUGGAGAAGCCUCCUCAGAAGUACUUGAAGAUCCCCAGGGGAAGCAUCGGACAGUCGUGCCAAGAGCGUUCAUCCAUGGGCCGCCCCAUUCCAGCCAACAAAGGCAAGAAGAGUUUGUGGAUCCUGGAGCAGCCCAGCGUGGUCCUCAGCUUCGAUGAGAAGGACAUUGCUGACAUCGAUGAGAAGCUUUCUGAGUUGCUGUUAGCGAUUACGAACUGUGAAGAGCGCUACUGCCUCUUCAAGAACAAGCGCAGGCUUGAACAGCUACGGGAAAUAGACUGUGGUUCAAAAGUCAGAGUUCAGCUCCGGUCUGGGGAUGACAAACUGCCAGGGGUGGUGAGGUUCAAAGGGCCUCUGAUGCCAGAACGGACACUAUCAGGAAUCUGGUUUGGGGUAGAGUUAUUGGAAGAAGGGAGGGGCUGCGGCUUCACCGAGGGCUCUUACCAAGGCAAGCAGCUCUUCCGCUGCGAGGAUGAGUGUGGGGUUUUUGUGGCCCUGGACAAGCUGGAGCUGUGGGAGGAGGAAGAAGAAGAGGAGGAGGAGGGGGAGGAGAAUGAAGAAGAUGAAGAAGAUGAAGACCUGGAGACAGACCAUUCUGCAUUGGUGGACCCCCGAGACAGUGACUGGAGAGCAGUGCCACUGGAGAUAAACUCCAGAGUGAUAGUGAAGCACGGAGAGGAAGCGGAGCACGGGACUGUCAUAUUCUGUGAUCUUCUGCCCGGAAAUGAAGCUUUAGGCUUCUAUGUUGGAGUGGACAUGGACAAGCCUAUCGGUGACUGGGAUGGAGUGAUAAAUAACAAACUGCUGUGUAGUUUCGCAAGCGUAGAACACACUUGCCUUGUGCAUAUUGAUGAUGUGAUGCCAGAGUUCCCCAUGCAGGACCAGAGACUCCAGAAACACAUCUUUGCAUCAAGAGGGGUAGGAGAGAAGAGCUUGUCCAAUCAGAGCAAGCCCAAAUCUAAAGGAAUUACUUCCCAGUCUGGAAGUAGAAGCAGAUCUGCAUUUUAUUACACUUUAAAUGGCAGCACUAUUGAUCACCAGCCCCAAUCCAAAUCAAAAAGCACAUGGUACAUUGAUGAAGUUGGAGAAGAUCCUGCCAAGUCCCUCCUGGACACCUCCCCUGGGUUCGGCCAGACCUCUUCUCCCUCCCGGCCUCCCCCCACUCUGUCGCUGUCUGGCGAGAGCAAGUUCCACUCACUGCCCUUCAACCUGACCAGCAAGAGCGGCCCCAACGGCAGCAUCAGCCCCACGCCGCUCUCCUUGUCCGUGCAGUCUGUCAUAGGGGACGCCCACGAGGCCCCAGCCCUCGCAGUGCCACUCCGCAACCAGUACGGCCUGGAGGUGGGGUCCCUGGCGGAGGUGAAGGAGAACCCACCUCUCUACGGAGUGAUCCGCUGGGUGGGGCAGCCCCCUGGGCUCACUGAGCCAUUAGCUGGACUGGAACUGGAGGACGAAUGUGCUGGCUGUACAGACGGCACCUUCAAGGGCAUGCGCUACUUCACCUGUGCACCGAAGAAAGCUCUGUUCGUCAAACUGAAGAGCUGCAGGCCAGAUUCCAGAUUCCCGUCUCCGCACCACUCCUCCAACCAGAUUGAGCGCUGCAAUUCAAUAGCAUUUGGGGGCUACCUGAGUGAGGUGGUGGAGCAGAACACCCCUCCCAAAAUGGACAUGGAGGGGCUGGAGGUCAUGGUGGGGAAGAAGAAAGGAAUCCAGGGACAUUAUAACUCCUGUUACCUUGACUCCACUUUAUUCUGCCUGUUUUCCUUCAGCUCGGUCCUCGACACAGUGCUGCUGAGACCGAGGGGUAAAAGUGACGUGGAGUACUAUAGAGAGACUCAGGAUCUGCUGCGGACCGAGAUUGUGAACCCUCUGCGCAUAUUUGGAUACGUGUGCGCUACGAAAAUAAUGAAACUUAGGAGAAUACUUGAGAAAGUGGAAGCCGCUUCUGGAUUCACCUCCGAGGAGAAAGAUCCAGAAGAAUUUCUGAACAUACUCUUCCAUCAUAUUUUACGAGUGGAUCCAUUGCUGAAAGUUCGGUCAAUGGGGCAGAAAGUUCAAGACUGUUACUUUUACCAAAUCUUCAUGGAUAAAAAUGAAAAGGUUGGCGUCCCAACUAGCCAGCAAUUGCUGGAAUGGUCCUUCAUUAACAGUGACUUGAAGUUUGCCGAGGCUCCAUCAUGCCUUAUUAUCCAGAUGCCUCGGUUUGGAAAAGACUUCAAGAUGUUCAACAAAAUCUUUCCUUCUCUGGAAGUGGACAUCACUGAUUUACUCGAAGACACUCCCAGGGAGUGCCGAAUCUGCGGUGGACUGGCCCUCUACGAAUGCAGGGAGUGCUACGAAGAUGCAGACAUCGCUGCUGGGAAAAUCAAGCAGUUCUGUGAAAAGUGCAACACACAAGUGCAUCUCCACCCCCGGAGAAAAGGGCACCAGUUGGGCAAGCUGUCCCUCCCGAAAGAGCUGGCGGACUGUGCCUGGCGGCAGGGCAGAUUCCCCAGGCAGAGGAUGGAGCUCUUCGCGGUGCUUUGUAUAGAGACCAGUCACUAUGUGGCGUUCGUCAAGUACGGCCCGGGGGAAUCGGCCUGGCUCUUCUUCGACAGCAUGGCAGACCGGGACGGAGGACAGAAUGGCUUCAAUAUCCCCCAGGUCACGCCCUGUCCAGAGGUCGGCGCAUACCUCAAGAUGACCCCUGAAGAGCUCCACGCGCUGGACCCCAAGAGUAUUCAAGGCUUCGCACGGAGACUGCUGUGUGACGCGUACAUGUACAUGUAUCAGAGUCCAACCAUGAGUUUAUACAAGUGAAAUGAAUGGACCUGAUACUGAGAAUAUGCUAGCAAAAUAUGGAGUUCUAAACCAAGCAGUCUCGAGUUGUUCUGUUGACACGUUUUUUCCACUGCGAGUCUGUCGUACUCCAUUCCACGCACUGGAUGGACAAAGGGAACUUGCUUACACAUUUCUGAGGAGUAUAGUAUAUGCAUGAAAGCAUCAAUGAGCAGCUUUUAUUGCUUAAUUAUGUUGCUCAGGUACAUAUAUAAUACAGUGGGUGGCAAUGAGAAAGGUAAUAAAGAGUUCAAAACGAGAACAUACUCUCAAAUCAAGAAAUGCUAGAAGUGUGGGAAAGUAAAUAUGACUGAAUGAAGAGGUUGAACAUACAGCAGGUCUGGGGUCAGAUGGCAGAGGAACUGGAGCCAGCAUUUUGUACAAUAGAUUACAUGAUUGUCCAAUUCUAAAAGCAUUUAUUGGGCACCUUAUACGGGAUGGGUCAGAAGUUAUGCACCACAGUGUGGUGAGUAAAAUACUUCUGUAUAGGUCACAGUUUGUCUAAGAUUACUAAUACAGGUUUUGGUAUGACUUCUAGUAGAAACGACAUUUCCACCUGCGCAAAUGGAGUAUUUAUUUUCACUUUUUUUAUAUUCCUGUGGUGUAAGUGAUGGUCGCAAAGACAUAUCUUCAGGUGUAUGGGCUGACAGAACAGUCACACGGACAGGUGCACCUGCUUUUUUGUCAUUUCUUAUUAAGGUCUCUUCAUAUCCUUUCAGUGAGUGACCCUAGCCAAUCAUAAUAUGUGAUAUUUCACAGUUUUUGUACAGGGUUUUUUUUUUUUUUUUGCGUUGCCCAGGGAGCAUUUAUCUGGAUGCAGUUUUUAAAGACAAUUGGGUUGCUUUCUGUUUUUCUAAACUGCCACAGUCUGCUUUGCUCAACACUGAUUGAGCAACACCGUUUUUUAGCAACAAGCUUGUGUGCGCUGCUUGACAAAAACGAACACUUGUACAUCUGCUUUGCCUGCUAUUAUACUGGUACCAGAGUAUUUGAAGCACAUUAGAGUCUGUUCUGAACACUGCAAAGCAAAGAUACUUGGUUUGAAAUUGAAUUAGAUAAAUAAUCUAGCCCAGCAACAGAAAGAUCUGCACUGUAGUGCCAAGAAUGAAAAUGCCUCUAGACAAUGAUUUGGCUACUGCAGCAUUCAGUACGGAUCAAGGACCCAGUUAAGAUGCUACUUUAACAAGAAUGGAAUAUUGAUGCAGUGAGAGCAGAAAGUAGAAAGCUUCAUUAAUGUACAUAAAAAGCAAACUACCUUGCUGAACAUAAUGAGAAAAUAGGUGAACCCAAGACUUACUGAUUUCAAAAUAGAAACUUCAAAAUAAACAUCAACACAUUACCUUUAUAAUGCAUCUUCAGAUGCAAGACCUGUUGAAAUGCUGUGACCUGUGGUUUAAAAAAAGAAGCGUUAAAAGUAUUCUGCAUAACAUACUGUAUGACUCAAGUAAUAAGUAACAUGCUUUUUAAACCAGUGGUCUGGUUGAUUGAUAGAUAUAACCAGCUCUUGGUCAAGUACACUCCAUUCAGGGCUGCUCUGAAUUGGGGUUCCUGAUGCUUGUAAUGUGCUGUCAUUGUGUUUAAGCAAUUGUGCAAAUAAUCGUGUGGCAUUAUCUUCUUUAUCUGUAAAUAUGAAAUGUCUUGGGUUAUCCAGAAGCAGCCUUAAUGCAUUUGAAAUGGAAACCAAAGAACGUUUCCUGUGUAUCUGAAAGUGUAUAUUGUUUACUGUAUGUAACUCCUGUUUGUUUAUACACACGCACACGCACACACACACGCACACGCACACACACACACAUACUUGACUGGAUGAAUGGCCUCUGUUCAGUAAACCAGACAGACUUGACUAUUUGCCUACAUGUUACACAGUGUGAUCUGAGGGUCAAGGUCAGACCUUUGUGAGAAAUGCAGACUUGCUUACAACAAUUUUGUACAAGUCUGUUGGAACAAACGGUACCUCUUCGUCGAUACAGAGAAUCUUUCUUAAGAGCAAACAAAACGCAAAAGUUGAAUGAGCUACGCAACUGCAUUAAUUUUUCAUGAUGUUUUGUGGAUGUGUAGUUGGAUUUGACGUGCUAUUUCAGUGUGUACUUUGAGAAUACCACACAACAUUAUUUCAUUCAUAAUACAAUCUAUCCCUUAGUCAUAGAUCCAGCAGAUCUGCAACAGAAGUUCAAAUCAGCCUGUGAGCUUUCAUACACCAAGAAGCUGUAUACAUCCAUCACUUGUUCAUACUAACAAAGUGUGGGAGGUAUUUUGUUGGCUUUUAUACUUAAAAACAGACACAAGUCACAAAGUGCUGUGUUUUGUUUUUUAAUUUUCUUUUUGUAUGAUUCUUAUCGAAUCUUCUGCCUGAUGAGUAAGCCCAUUUGUUCACAAUGAGCAGCUCUUAUUCUUGCAGAUCUGCUGGUAUUCAAGUUCAAAUGCUCCCCUGAUGCUUUGCCUUGUGACCCUUCUGUAUUAAAACUGGUCUACUACAAAGAGGUUUGCCUUCUACACAUCACAUUGGGUUGAUGCUGUCUAAAUCCGACUGCUCUGGAGUGCUGCAGUGGGAACUAGUCAGCUUUGUGAAAGGGCGCUGUUUAGUGCAGUAGCUGUGUAUCGCAGAGCUAACAAAAAACAACGGGAUAUGUGCAAAAUGAAAUAAAGUUGUGCUGUGCAUGUUUUUAUAUAUCUCAAAAUAGGUUAUUCUUAAUGUAUUUAUUAAACACGAUGUCAGUUUCAUAUGUAGUAGAAGAUGUGCUGUUUAAGUUUGAUUUUAUGAAAUGGAGUAGUGCUGGUCUGGGACAUUG